UCGUUUGGUGUGUGGUGGCGGCGGCGGCAGAGGCGGGCUUGCUUCUUCCGCUGUGUUCGCCUCCGGGCUUGUGGACAUCGAGGUCCUGUUUUUAUUUGCCCCACGGACGACCACGCGAGCUCCAGCGGCCUCUCCGAGCGCCAGCCCGAGCCCCGGGCCGGCUCUCAGAAUUGCAUGGAAGCACAAGAGAAAGAGAAGUCAGCCAUGUCCACAGAAUCGAACAAAAAGCGGAAACCCAAAGUGAUCCGAAGUGAUGGAGCCCCAUCUGAAGGGAAACGGAAUCGGAGUGAGCUGGACUUGGACAUGAAGUACUAUAGUGAGGAGGCCGAGGUGGACAUUCGAGACCCCAACAAGGACUAUGACCUCUACAGGUUCACCUGCCAUGAACUCCAGCGACUCAUGGCUGAAAUCCAAGAGCUCAAGAGCAGAGGCAGCAGGGAUAGUGCGUCCGAAAUAGAAGAAAGGAGGAUCCAGAGCUGUGUUCACUUUAUGACCCUGAAGAAACUGAACCGACUGGCUCACAUCAGACUGAAGAAGGGGCGAGAUCAGACUCAUGAGGCUAAGCAGAAAGUGGAUGCCUAUCACCUCCAGCUCCAGAACCUGCUGUAUGAGGUGAUGCACCUGCAGAAAGAGAUCACCAAGUGCCUCGAAUUUAAGUCAAAGCAUGAAGAAAUAGAGCUGGUAAGUAUGGAAGAGUUUUACCGGGAGGCUCCUCCCGAGAUCAGCAAAUCUGAGAUCACCAUGGGGGACCCUCACCAGCAGACCCUUGCUCGCCUUGACUGGGAGCUGGAGCAGCGGAAAAGGUUGGCAGAAAAGUACAAAGAAUGUCUUGCCAACAAAGAGAAGAUCCUGAAGGAGAUUGAAGUCAAGAAGGAAUACCUGAGCAGCCUUCAGCCUCGGCUUAAUAGCAUCAUGCAGGCCUCGCUCCCCGUGCAGGAGUACCUCUUUAUGCCGUUCGACCAGGCCCACAAGCAGUAUGAGACCGCCCGGCACCUCCCCCCGCCCCUUUACGUGCUCUUUGUGCAGGCCAGUGCUUACGGCCAGGCCUGUGCUUACAUGAAACCUUCCUCCCAGCCCCCUAGGCAGGAUAAGAAGCUGUCGGUGGCCAUAGAGGGCAGCGUGGAGGAAGCCAAGGCUCUGUACAAGCCGCCCGAGGAUUCUCAAGAUGAUGAGAGCGACUCGGACGCCGAGGAGGAGCAGAGCACAAAACGUCGACGCCCCACUCUGGGUGUUCAGCUGGACGACAAGCGGAAGGAGAUGCUCAAGAGACACCCGCUGUCAGUCAUGCUCGACCUCAAGUGCAAAGAUGACAGCGUGCUCCAUCUGACUUUUUACUACCUCAUGAACCUGAACAUCAUGACCGUGAAGGCCAGAGUGAGCACGGCCACGGAGAUCGUCACCCCAGUCAGCGCGGGUGACCUGCUGUCUCCUGACAUGAUCCUGAGUUGCCUGUACCCUGGGGAUCACGGCAAGAAGACCCCCAACCCAGCCAACCAGUACCAGUUUGAUAAAGUCGGCAUCUUGACCCUGAGUGACUACGUGCUGGAACUGGGGCACCCCUAUUUGUGGGUGCAGAAGCUUGGGGGCCUGCACUUCCCCAAGGAGCAGCCACAGCACACGGUGACCGCGGACAACUCGCUGAGCGCCAGCCACAUGGAGACCACCAUGAAGCUGCUGAGGACGCGGCUGCAGGCCCGCCUGGCUCUCACCAAGCAAUACGCCUCCUUGGAGCACGGCAUUGUGCCAGUCAGCAGUGAGUGCCAGAGCCUUUUCCCGGCAAAAAUCGUGUCCCGCCUCGUGAAGUGGGUGGCGAUCGCCUAUGAGGAUUAUGUGGACCUGCCUUACACCCGGGACAUUGUGGAAGCGGGGCUGGCGGAGGAUACACACCUGUAUUACCUGGCACUCAUUGAGAGAGGAACAGCCAAGCUUCAGGUGGCCGUGGUGCUGAACCCCGGCUACUCUUCCAUCCCCCCCAUUUUCCGACUUUGUCUGAACUGGAAAGGAGAGAAGACCAGCAGCAACGACGACAACAUCCGGGCCAUGGAGAGCGAGGUCAGUGUGUGUUACCGGGAGCUUUAUGGGCCCAAGCCUGGUCACCAGCUCCUGACCAAUCAGCUGCAGCGUCUGUGCGUCGUGCUGGAUGUUUACCUGGAGACCGAGAGCCAUGACACCAGCGUGGAAGGGCCUAAGGAGUUUCCCCAGGAGAAAAUGUGUCUCCGACUGGUCAGGGGUCCCAGCCGGAUGAAGCCAUUCAAGUACAACUAUCCGCAGGGAUUCUUCAGCCAUCGUUGACCAUCAGGCUGCCGUGCGUCUCUGUCCAUCACCAGACAAGCUUCCAGCAGGGUUCCAGACAAACCAGCAGUGGGUGGGCAUGAGGCUCCCGCACCAUGGGUGUGGCUUGUGUGCUUCUCCAGGUCUUCUAAAGCCAAUUUUGUAUUUUUGAUGUAUUAAAUAUGUCUGUGGGUAAAGUGA